UGUCCCGCUGGAAAUCCUCAACAAAAAUGGUUUUCUUUACAUGCAACAUUUGCGGCGAGUCCGUUAAAAAGCCAUCUGUGGAGAAGCACUAUCAGACACGAUGCCGUGGAAAGACAAAAAACGUGUCGUGCAUGGAUUGCCUCAAAGAUUUCUACGAUGAGGAGUACGUUGCGCACACCAAGUGCAUUUCGGAGGCACAGAAGUACUCCAACCAGAACUUUGUGCCCAAGGAGCCGAAGAACAAGAAUGCCCAGAAACAAGAGAGCUGGAUGGACAUCAUACGCGCCAUACUGGACAGCAAAGAGUACGAGUUGACGGCGUCCGUGCGCAGCGCAUUUCAGCGACUCCAGAGCGUGGACAAUGUGCCCCGCAAGAAAGCAAAAUUUGAGAAUUUUGUGGGCAAUUGCAUGCGCAUGCCUCGCCAGCAAGCAACCCAGGUGUGGGACAUACUCGAGAAGGAGCUGAACAAAAUGAAGGAGGCCAAGCAGGCGCAACUGGAGGCGGCCAAGGCUGUCAAGGUGGCAGAAGCUGCACAAGAGGAGCAGGAGCAGGAAGUGCCGCCCAAAAAGAAGUCCAAGCUCGAGAAUGGCGCAGCGAAAGCAGCUGAACCAGCAGCAGAACCAGCUGCUGCUGCUGUGGCGGAGGAGACCGGCGAAUUCGAUUGGGCAGCGCAGCUGCUGAAGCUGGUGUCGAAGCAGCCCGAUGGCAUUUUCCUGGAGAAGCUCAGAAAGAAGCUGCUAAAGAAGUACACAAAGCACUUGGCCGUCACGGAGCUAAGCGAGAAGCAGGCAAAGAAAUUUGACAAACGCUUUGACAAGCAGCUAAAAAAGUCGGAUGCACUGCAGCUGGAGGGAGAUCUGGUUAAGCCCGUCUAGCUACACAUUAGUCUCUAGCGUAAUUUAGCCCGUAUGUAAACUAUAAACGUUAGACCCCGAUUAAAUUUGUAAGCAACUGCCAACUCCUA